AUGCCAGAGCACACCGCCGCCUCAAGGCUCCGGCUCUCCGCGCUGUGCUUCCUCCUCCAAAUCCUCACCAUCAUCCUCUUCGCCGUUUUUGUCCGGUACAGCCCAGAAAGCAGCCCCGGCCUCUGCUCCCAGAACUGCAGCUGGAGAAGCCAGGACUCGGGUUUUCAGCACCCGCGUUUCCGGGAUGUCCACCUUCAAGCUCUCCUUGGCUUCGGGCUCCUGGUGGCCUUCCUCGGCCGCUACGGGCCAGGCAGCGUGGCCAUCAGCAUCCUCGUCGUGGCCUUCGCCAUCCAGUGGGACGUACUGAUCCAGGGUUUUUUAUACUUCUUCCUGAAUGGCAAAAUUUACGUGGGAGCUCAGAGCAUGGUCAGUGCCGACUUCUGCGCCGCAGCCAUUCUGAUCUCCACCGGAGCUGUUCUGGGCAGGGUAAACCCCAUCCAGAUGCUGCUGCUGACCCUGCUGGGAGUCACCCUCUUCGCUCUCAAUGAAUACAUCCUGCUCAGUCUCAUGGGGGUAAGCGACAGCGGGGGCUCCUUGACCGUCUACACCUUCGGUGCUUAUUUUGGCUUGAUGGUUUCACGGAUCUUGCACCAGCCCCAUACAGACAAGAGGAAAGAGCAGCAGGACACAGGGCACCAGCCAGAUGUCUUUGCUGUGGUUGGAACCCUCUACCUGUGGAUCUUCUGGCCCAGCUUCACCUCGGCCACCACGGUCCGUGACAACGCCGAGCCCUGGGCAGUGCUCAACACCUACUUCUCACUGGCAGCCAGCACCCUGGCCACCUUCGUCCUCUCGCCUGUCCUCUACGAGGAGAGCACCCUGCGGAUGGUUCAGAUCCAGGAUGCCACCUUGGCCAGCGCGGCCAUGAUGGGUAUGGCUGGGGAGAUGCUGGUCACCCCUUUCGGGGCCCUCAUCGCGGGGUUUCUGGCCGGCUUGAUCCCCCCGCUUGGCUUCAGAUUCCUCACGCCCAUCCUGUGCUCCAGGCUGAAAACCCAGGACACGUGUGGGGUUCACAACGUCCACGGGCUGCCGGGGAUCCUGGGCGCCUUGCUGGGGACGCUGCUGGCAGCGCUGGCCACUGCAGAUGCUUACGGCGGCAGGCUGGAGCUGGUGUUCCCGCUGGUGGCCCAGGGCAGCCGGACAGCCACCGACCAGGCGCUCUGCCAGCUCUGCGCCCUGCCCAUCACCCUGCUGCUCGCCACGCUCGGGGGCUGCCUGACGGGAGCCAUCCUGAAAAUGAAGGGGCUGAGGUCUCCCCCGGACACGCAGUACCUGGAAAACAGAGUCCUCUGGGAGGUGGCCGAGGAAGGAUGCGACCACAGGGCGAGCAGAAAGGAGCCGGGCACCAGCACCUUGGUCUAA